UUACUACUAUCCGCGACACAUUCACUCAAGCAAGUUCCAUACUUUUCCCCGCAACCGCCAAGCCCGUUUCUCAUCCGAUUUGCGUCGACCUACAGCCUGUCCUAGCCAAGCUACAUUCGAAGCUACGAUCUUUAAUAUAAGAAUUUUUCUGCUUCCCGAUAUGCAUAUAAUUUUUUAAAUAAAUACAACUUUUUAAUAUGUUUUUGAGUGGUUUGAAGUGAACUGAGUAAUUGUAAGUGUUAGUGCUGUUUUUCAGUUUACGUGUAAUGUUAAUGUUUAGUGGAUUAAAAGUGUAAUUUGGAAUAUCGAUAGAAGAAUUUCUGUUACAAAACAUAUUGUGGAAUUUUUGAUUUUUGAUUUUUGGAUGGACGGAAAUUCUAUGUUUAGUUAUAAUAGAAAGAAAGAGAAGAAAAAUUUUUAAUAAUAAAAUUUAUUAUUUUAAAUUUUUUAAUUUGUAUAUAUUUAUGAUUUAUAUAAACUUAAUUUUAUGUAAAUAACAUAACAGACACUGGUAUAAAAAGACUAAGUAAAACUAUAGAUUAAAAAUUUCUUUAACUUUUAUUGAAAAUUAGCAAAAGGAUUACUAAAAAAAAUUAUAUAUUAUAUAGUAAAAAUAAUUACUAUAUUAAAUUUCAAGGAAAAUAUAAUUUAAAUCAAAAAAUUUUUGUUUAAUUUGAAUUUAAUAUUAAAAUAUAAAACUAUUAAUAUUAUAACAUUAAUAGAAUUAAUAAUCGAAAAAUUAUUUUAUGUUAAGAGAAAAAAUGUUUAUGUGGAAGAGUUAAAUAAUAAAAUUUUUAAACAUUUUUAAAUGAAUAUUAAACAUAAACAAUAUUCUAAAUGAUAAAAAUUAUCGUUAAAAAUAUACUAAUUUCAAACAUAUAUAUAAAACAAACCAAAAAAAAAAAAUAAACAAUUUGAUAUUAAAAUUUGGUUGAAUUAAUUAAAAUGUUCAAGAUCAAUGAACAAACCCGAUUUGCAAAAAUAUGGAAUUAGGACGAUGAGGAAAGUGAAGGUCUGACUACUCGAAAGGAAAAUGGAAUUCCAUAACUACAUGUUGCUUUGGAUUGUUUGUAUGUUGCGUCCAUCAUAUACAGAACAAAAUGCAGAAAAACUCUUUUAUUAAAAAUGAAGUCGUGCAAUUCUUUAUACAAUAAAGAAUUUUUACAAUAUUACAAUUCUUUAUACAAUAAUAUUGCAAAAUAACAUAUAUAAUUAGAAGAAUAUAUCGAAGAAUAUAAUUAAAAUAUAAAAAAAAAGAAAAAAAACAGAGUGGAUAUAUAGGAAAAAACAAAAAAUACAAAACGGAUAUAUCUAAAAAAUACAUGUAGAUUUGGUUAUUCUUACGCUUGAUAUAUAUAUACAUAUAAAUUCUGGUAAAAAAGAGACACUUAAUAGCCAACGAACAAAUGAAUCAAAAAUAUUAAUUUUUAUAUGAUUACAUUUUUUUCUUUCUUUCUUUUUUAAUAAAAUAAGACGAAGUUUGUUUAAAAGAAAAAUUUUAUUAUGAUAUUUCUAAAAAAAUUUUUAUAAAAACGAUUAUUUUACAAAGAAAGAAUAAAAAAAUAUCGAAUAUGUCAAAUAAUUAAAAAAGUGUCUAUAAAUUGAAUAGAAUUUUUAUCAGAAAAAAGGAAGAAAAAAAAUAUGAGAUGAAAAGAGAAAAAUUUCAAAAUAAACAUUUUUAAAUUUUAAAAUUAAAAAUUGAAAAAUUGCACAAUUAUAUUCAUAUUAUUUAUUUGUUAAAAAUACUAUGUACAUUAAAUUUAAGUGUUAUGUAGAUAAAGAAAUUAUGAAAACAUGAAAUAUGAAAACAUGAAAACAUGAACAUAAAAAAUAAUAAAAAUAAAAUAAACUUUCGUAUUUAAAUAUUUUUGACAAAAAUUCUUAAUAAAAUAAAAAUGCAUCUGUAACAUAAGAAUGCAUAUAUCGAUCAAAUGAUACAUGCAAAUGAUACUUUAUUAAUAUCAAGAAGAAAAACAUCGGAUUCUCAAAGAUAAAGUUUUCCAGUAUACAAGAAUGGAUAGAAACGAUAAUAAUGUGAAUGUCGGAAAUUCGGGGAAUCCGAAUUCACCUUCGACGACACAUAAUAUUCUUCAUAAUACUUCUAGUGGAACUGAUGCACAGAACGGAGACAGAGGAUGGGAAAUUCAUCAUGUUACUGUUACUAGAGUUCCCGGUUAUGGGUUCGGUAUUGCUGUUUCUGGUGGCCGAGAUAAUCCUCAUUUCACUAAUGGCGAUCCUGCUAUUGCAAUUUCUGAUGUUUUAAAAGCUGGACCAGCUGAAGGAAAAUUACAAGUAAAUGAUCGUAUAAUAUCCGCUAAUGGAAUAUCAUUAGAAGGUGCUGAUUAUGGAGCAGCAAUUCGCGUUCUCAGAGAUUCCGGAUCAACAGUUUUAUUAGUUGUCAAACGUAGAGCUUCAUCAAAUUCUUCUGGAAAUAUAGGAAAUUUUACUCUUCAAAGUCAUAGAUUGACUUUAACAAGAAAUAAUAAAAAAGAUGAUUUUGGAAUUGUUCUCGGUUGUCGCCUUUAUGUCAAAGAAGUUACUCGAGAAAAUACAACAAUAAAACCAGGAGAUGUUUUAACAAGAAUUGGCAGUGUAGCUACAGACAAUAUGAGUUUAAAAGAAGCUAAGAAAUUAAUGGAUCAAUGUAAAGAUAAAUUAUCUAUUGUAGUAACUCGAGACAAUUCCUGUUGCCAUAUACAACAGCAAACAAAAAACGAAACUGGAGAAUAUCUUUCUGGUACGAGUUAUAGUAGCCAAAAUUUAUAUGUUCCACCACCAACAAGACAACCAAUAGAAGAUAAGAGCAACCUUGUUCCUAGAGGUCGCGCUAGAGGACCAUUGAUGGAUGUUUCUCUUAGUCAGUUAGAUCUUCCUGCAACUCCUACUGUAGAUCCUCCUAGACCACCACCUCCCAGAGCAGAAGAUUAUUAUAGCACAAGAAGACAAUUAUAUGAUGAAGAUUUGACUAGGAAUAAACUUCCAAUGCCUGAUCCUCGAUUUAUUACUUUUCAAAAAGAAGGAUCAGUGGGUGUUCGUUUGAGCGGUGGAAAUGAAACCGGUGUUUUUGUAACGGCCGUUCAAACAGGAAGUCCAGCCUCCCUUCAAGGUUUGCAACCUGGAGAUAAAAUUUUAAAGAUAAAUGAUAUGGAUAUGAAAGGAGUAACAAGAGAAGAAGCUGUUCUUUUUUUACUCAGUCUUCAAGAACAAAUCGAUUUGAUUGUCCAACAUCGACGACAGGAAUACGAUCAAGUAAUAGCAUCUGGAAAGGGUGAUUCUUUUCAUAUAAAAACUCAUUUCCAUUACGAACAACCACAAAAAGGAGAAAUGAGCUUUCGUAGUGGAGAUGUAUUUCAUGUUAUAGAUACACUACACAACGGUGUUGUGGGUUCGUGGCAAGUGUUCCGUAUUGGUAGAAAUAAUCAGGAAGUACAAAAAGGAAUUAUUCCAAAUAAAGCUCGUGCUGAAGAAUUAGCAACUGCGCAGUUUAAUGCAACAAAGAAAGAAAUGAGUGCCAGUGAAAGUAGAGGUAGUUUCUUUAGAAGAAGAAGAAGCAGUCAUAGACGUUCUAAAUCUCUUGGUAGAGAUCAUUGGGAUGAUGUAGUAUUUUCAGAUAGUGUUAGCAAAUUUCCAGCUUAUGAAAGAGUAAUUUUAAGACAUCCAGGAUUUGUGAGACCUGUAGUAUUGUUUGGUCCUAUUGCAGAUUUAGCUAGAGAAAAGUUGUUAAAGGAUUUUCCUGAUAAAUUUACAUCUCCACAAAUGGAAAAUCAAUUAGAUGAUAAUGUUGGGAAGAAUAUGAAGUCAUCAGGUAUCAUUCGACUUAGUGCUAUUAGAGAAGUUAUGGAUCGAGGAAAACAUGCUUUAUUGGAUAUCACUCCAAAUGCCGUAGAUCGAUUGAAUUAUGCGCAGUUCUAUCCCAUAGUUAUUUUUUUAAAAGCUGAAACGAAACAGAUUAUCAAAGAAAUGCGUGCUGGAGUUCCUAAAUCGGCACAUAAAAGUAGUAAAAAACUUUUGGAACAAUGUCAAAAAUUAGAUAAAAUUUGGAGUCAUAUUUUUAGCGCAAUGAUUACAUUAACCACGCCGGAAGCUUGGUAUCGAAAAUUAAGAGAAUUAAUCGAUCGACAACAACAAGGAUUACUUUGGAUGAGUCAAACUAAGCCGGAAGAAGCACUCUCGGAUGACUUCCUAUUCCCGAUGACUUCUCGCCUCUCCUAUGCUUCCUCUCCGGAGAGUGAUUUGGAACUCAGCCCGCCACCAGCAUUAUCAGGUGCUCUAGGUGCACCAUCCAGAUUGAAAAGCAAUUCUGAUCCAAGCAUUGCAACACAAGAUGAUAUUGCUGCACCACCACCACCAUAUUCGACUACUUAUCAACAAUCUUUCGAACAACCAAAAAGAAGGUCACAAGGAGGAAUAGGAGAAGGAAAGUACGGAUUUUCAUUAUCUGGACAAGUAAGCAAUCAAUCGGGAUCACCAGAAUAUUUGGCUGGUUUUGAACCACGAUCUUCUCAUCAUAGUCCUCCUGAUUUACCUCCACGAGUAGAUCGUAAUGCAAAACCAAAUAAUCAACAGCAAAGAAAUACUAUUGGAAGAUCAGCCCAAGAACGAUUGCUGAAUAAAGCAGAUUCAAUAUUGGAUGUUGCAAACUAUAUCAAUGCGACGCCUCUUAAAGCUAAUGCCACAUCUUCUCUUGAAAGAACUCAACCAAAAGCGGGAAGUUACGAUAGUAUGUCUUCUUAUGAUUCCUAUAAUAAUACAAAUGGAAAUAAUAAUUAUGGAACAUCAGGAUUAAAUACAUCUACUGGUCGAUUGGGUCCUAAUGUUCCAGAUGAUUUAAAGACUAGUGCACCAACAAGACCACAUGAUCCUUACAGAUUCACUAGAUCGACAGCACAACCAAUUCCAAAUCACGAUUCACAGCCAAGAACUGAUUAUGCCAAAUAUAGCCGCACAACUGAUUACAAAUCGAUAACGUUACCACAAAAUAAUAAAUCAGGAGGGUCAUAUAAGCCUAUACCACCUCCAAAACCAAAAAAUUAUAGGCCACCACAAGCAAAUUUAACUCAACCAGAAAAUAAUGGAAAUGAAGGAAAUAAUAUACAUCAGCAUUCAAAAAGCUACUCCAUUGCAACUUCUCAUGUAGAAAAUAUCAAUAAUAUUCAAAGAAAUAGUGGACAAUAUUAUUAUAAUAUUCCAUCUCCAAAUCGUCAUGAUUCAAAUCUUGGGAAUUCUCAUCAUAAUUUAAAUCUUUCUACACCAGCACAUAAUCAUAAUUUGAGUCAUACACAUGCGCAUUGUACCCCACCAAUGUCGACUCAUAAUCAUAGUAAUAGUACCAGUCAGUUAAAUCUAGGUCUUUCGCAUAAUAGAAAUAAUGUUAAUCACAAUGGAUAUGUUAUAAACAAUAGCCAUAAUGCAUCUGGACAAAAUUUUCCAACGAGUCCAAAUCAUAAUAGAGAACCAAGUGGAUUAGAUCUUGCUGGAAGCAGGGAACAAAGGGGAAGUGCUUUUGAACUUUAUCGCAAACCUGUACAUCAUUAUAAUGCAAGUUAACAUCUAUGAAGAUUUAUAAUUUUUAUUAAAUAAAAAACGAGAUAAGAAUUAUUAUUUCUAAUAAUUUGAUAUAAAGAAUAAUAAAAAUGAUGUUGAUGUUAUGAUAAAGUAGCAAUGAAGAUAUAUUCAUAAAAAUAAAAGUUCAAUUCCAGGAAAAAUUAAUAAAGUAUUAGAAAAUUGAAUCUAUUUUUUUUUUCAUUUUAAUUUUGUAUAUACAAAUUUAAUUAAAAAAACAUAAUAAAAUUUUACAGACUCAAAUUAUUAAAUGAAAUUUUGCAAUAAAUAUUGUAUUAGUAAACAAAA